AUGCCAUCCAGUCAGACGCCCGGUCCCACUCCUGUCAGUAAACCAGCCAAUGGUGCCAAGCCAGUCACCGAACAACCCGAUGGCUGGGCCCCGAUUUUCGACGCUGCAAUGAAAGGCGACUGUGCGGCUAUAAAGAAGUUAUUUAAGAAGCCCGAAGAUCCCAAAGUUCGAUUCCUUGGGUGCACCCCUUUGCUCCUCGCGACUAUUGCGGGCCAUCUAGAUGCUGUCACUUUGCUUCUGGAGAAAGGAGCCGACAUCAAUGACAGAGACGACGACAGAUCACCAAAGGUGACCGUGACCGAUCCCCGCUUGGAAAAGGGCAGGGACUGGUUGGAGAAGCAGUUCAACGAGAUCUCUAAGCAAGUUGAGGACCCCGCUAGUAAACCCCCAAGGGAGGUACUGGAAUACCUUCUUGCUUGGAAUUUCUCCGACGAUAAGAAUCGGACGGUCCUGCGGGUCUACUGGGAGCACAUCCUUCUGCGCUACAUCGGAGAUGUUCCUCGUGAUAUUCAGCGGAAUUAUUCACCCGAUCUCAAUCUUGCUCUCAUUGGCACGUUUGACCGGUUGUUCAAGGGACAUGCUGGGAUUAGGGAGUCAGCGAGAUUGUUGAAUAGCAAGCUACCUACCACUGGCUACAAUAUUCUUGAUACAAUCGUCAAACCGAAUCACUACUGGGUGACUGAGCGAUGGUCCUAUGACAACGGACAUAGGAUCACGGUCGAAGAUGGCAUCGACUCGUUUUUGAUAGACGAAAAAGCAGGGAAGAUCACAAACAAGAUGAUCAACUACCAUGUGAAGGGGGUUGGAAACAAAUAUGUUGUUGAAGUUGAUAAAUGUUUCUGA